AAUUUGACUAUAUUCCGAAACAGCAUGUGGGAUUUGGAUUGUUUUAAUUCCUCGUUGGAUUUUUCUAACCAUACGCUUUAUAUAUUCUUGCGAUUCCCAACAAUCAUCAUCACGCGCAAGAACGCCUCGGCAUCUAUUUCCUCGUGCAAUGCGGAUAUAUUAUAUAAGCCACUGACCUCGACUCGCUCAGAAUCCGCAGAAUUCGAUUCCCAUCACUAGCUUUGACGCCGACCCAUCUCCCGCCUUUCCAUUGACCUUCAGCUGGGCUCGGUCGCCUUCUUCCGCGAAUUCGAAUGCGGCUGAGAGGCGCUUGGUUGAAAGCAGAGUGUUGAAUGUCAAUUGGAGCUCUCCUGAGGUCUCAAAUUGUGAAGUGGCUUUAGCUCAGUGGCGUUGGAAUGAUAAAGACACUGGUCCUACCAUGCAAUGCUGUCCUAAAUUUAUGAAGAUAUCCAUAUGCAUCAUAGGUGUUGAAGUUCAAUUCGGCUAAGAUUGAAGGGCGUAAUCUGUCAAAAUCAAGAGGAACCAGGAUGGAGUUGACUCUAACACAGCCCGAUGAUUGGCAUCUUCACCUUCGUGAUGGGAGUCUUCUUGAAGCUGUUCUCCCGCACAGUGCGAGUCAUUUUGGAAGGGCUAUAGUGAUGCCAAAUUUGAGGCCUCCUGUCACUACCACAUCUGCUGCAGUGGCCUAUCGGGAAUCCAUCAUGAGAGCAUUGCCAGCCAACAACAACUUUACUCCUCUUAUGACACUUUACUUGACGGAUUCCACAAAACCCGAUGAGAUCAAAGUAGCCAGACAGAGUGGCACCGUGUUUGCAGUAAAGCUGUACCCAGCUGGCGCUACUACAAAUUCUCAGGAAGGUGUUACCGAUCUUCUAGGAAAUUGCCUUCCUGUCCUUGAGGAAAUGGUCAAGCAAGACAUGCCUUUGCUGGUCCAUGGGGAGGUUACGGAUGCUGCUGUGGACAUAUUUGAUCGGGAAAAGGUCUUUAUUGACACUGUUUUACAGCCUUUGAUCCACAAACUUCCACAGCUGAAGAUUGUGAUGGAGCACAUCACAACAUCUGAUGCUGUUAGUUUUGUUCAGUCUAGCAAAGAAGGAUUUAUAGCGGCUACAGUUACUCCACAGCAUCUUCUCUUGAAUAGGAACUCUAUAUUCCAAGGAGGAUUGCAGCCACAUAAUUACUGCCUUCCUGUACUAAAAAGAGAGACCCACAGACAGGCCAUUGUGGCAGCUGUGACUAGUGGAAGUAAAAAAUUCUUCCUUGGAACUGAUAGUGCUCCUCAUGAGAGACUAAGAAAGGAGUGUCCUUGUGGAUGUGCUGGUAUCUACAAUGCUCCAGUUGCUUUGUCACUCUAUGCUAAGGUCUUUGAAGAGGCAGGGGCACUUGACAAGCUAGAAGCCUUUACUAGCUUUAACGGGCCGGAUUUCUAUGGGCUUCCAAGGAACAAAUCGAAGAUUACGUUAAGGAAGAAUCCAUGGAUUGUCCCAGAAUCUUUCUCCUUUCCAUUUGGCGAGAUCAUCCCAAUGUUCGCGGGAAAAUUGCUUGAAUGGCAACCACUUCUUUAAAUGACAAGAUAUGUUAUAGUAAAUACUCAAAGGCAAGGGCAUUUGCACGUCAGAACACUGGCUUCAUAGACUUGGAGAAGACUUUCAACUUUGUAGCAUGGAAUAUAAAAUAACCCGGAUUGUCCUCAACGAGAUCUCUACCCUUCGUUCCUCAAUAAGCAUCAAGCUUCUAAACAGAUUUAAAACCAUGUUUGUGUUGUUUUCUUAAUUAUUUGCUCUGGGUCAGAGAAUUUGAAUCAGAUUUGGUGUAUCCACAUGUUAAGUUGCUGGAAGCAGACUUCGCACUUUCAAAUUACCAAUGCGUGAAAUACAAUGCGCCACGGCUUUGGUAGGGCGCUCUUGACCGGAAAGACUUGAUUGCAA